CAAGUGCAGAAAACCACUCAUUUCCAGAGUUGAAAGAAAGAGAAACACCCGUGGAAAAAUAACUGCUUUCUAAAGUUAUAGAAGCGUCGCUAUGGCAAGUUUCGUAGACGUGAAGAAUGUUGAGCCAACCCACUUUGAAGAACAACACUACGACGAAUAUGAAUACUACAACCUUUCAGAAAAAUACACAAGUGGCGCUAGCCGCAAGGGGAGGUCAAAGAAGGAAGCCGUCGACAAUACCAACCGACCCAACCCCGGAGGCCACGAGCGCAAGCUCAUAGAGAAACUUCAGAACACUGAAAAGAAGGCCAAGGAGUGACUAAAUGGAGGGCAAAUCGGACGGCUAACACUGGCAACCGACCAUGGCCGCCUUGGUGACAAAACAAGAUGGGCAGACAGACGGUGAACUCCAAUGUAGAGAGGGGUGAAUAUGAGGACGGGUCACAUGCUGCCAAUGAGUUUGACUCUAGCGUCAGUGAAGGGGGAUUUCAGUCCUCUCCUUCAUAGAGCUGAUGGUAUGGAGUGGGAGUGGCCCCCAUAUUGGUUGUUCACCUCAGUCAUGGGUAGACCUCCACUGAAGGUGAUGUAGACCACCGUGCAAGCGGUCUUCUGGACGACCUUCCCAAACAAGUGGGGAGUAAUGGGAGUGGUUGCAGGCUGCAUUGUGUUUCAGUAUCAAUGUGGUUUUGUUUUUAAGUCUUAAUUGAUGAUAUUUGUCACUUAAUGUUUUUUUAAAGCAAAGAGGUUCUUAAAAUUGAUUUAUUUUACAAAGUGUUUUGAAAAUAAAUGCUUUCAUAAAUUGUAUUAAGUCUAGGUUUAAAGUGUUACUCCAGUCUCCUUUUCAACUCAUUUAUCACCUGAAUUACUUAUUAACAAAAGGUUCAUCUCAAUAGGUUGUCCAGGUAAGUCAUGACAUGGCACGGGAGUGGGCUUUCCUCUAGUGUUCCUCAAGCAAGGCUGAGGCUGACGUCACAACUUCCCAUCCAACCAACUCCUUGUAUGCCCUAUUCCUUGAAAUUUGCAGUUGUCUAAACCCUAUUUUGCUUAAAACCUAUUUUUACCUUUUGGUGUGUGUACUUUACUGUCUUUAUACUUGGGAUAUUACUUUUCCAACAUCACUGGAGGACAUCUUUAAUUCUGAAUUUGUCUUCAUGGAAGGUGUCAUGGGCUGCAAUCUUCAAACAAGCCAAUAGGUGGCAGUAACCGAUUUGUGUCAAGUUAAAGUCCUUUCUUUGGGAAUGCUCUAGUUUAGAAAAUACAUUUGUGCCAAAGAAUUAAGGGUUAUUGUCAAGAAAUGUACUAUUUGAAGAACCCUUGACAAAGAAAGGAAAAUGUAAAAGAACAGCAAUUUCCUUGACUGCUCGUUCAACUGCUUAAACUAAAUGAAUAAUGAGAAAAUAACUUAAGUCUGGUACUUUGCAUCUCUUUGCGUCUGAAAAUGUAGGCUACCCUUGAGCUGAAAUUAGUUGAUGUUAGGCAGGGUUUUUAUACUAGGUUAGUUUCACAGAUAUAUUUCAAGGAGAUAUAGCCUACAUGACAGUUAGAUUGUGUAUUGUUUUAAAAGUAAUUCCCUAUUUCUAAAUUGCAAAAACAAAAUUUGCUAUCAAAUGCACUCACAAAGUGUGUGUCCUUGAGCUCCAUGGUCUUCUAAAAGGGAAACUGAUAUAAAAAGGCUGCCAGUAUCAUCUAACACCCAUUUUUUUUUCAAAAGCCUUUGGUGGAGCAUGUUAUGUUAUUCCCAUCAUGAAAAAAGAGUAAGUUAUAGUUAAGUAAUCAGUUAAAUUAGACAUUGAACUUAAACUCUGUAAGAAUCUUGGAUCUAGCUGUUGGACAGUGUUUUUGUAUAGAGAUCUCAGAAAUAUGCCUGCGUAACAUUUCAUGUCUCCUUAUAUUAUGGGUUGAAAACAGUUAUCAUGGGCACACAAAUCCAAAAUAAUAAAUGUGAUUGCA